AUGUCCGCCGCCCAGCAGCGCCACGGAAAGAAGAACAUUCUUGCCGAGCACGAUGACGAUGUGGUCAUUGUCUCGGCUCUGCGAACGCCCAUCACCAAGGCCAAGAAGGGCGGUCUCUCACAGUGUGCUCCCGAGGAGAUGCUCGGCUGGACGCUCAAGGGUGUCCUUGCUGAGUCCAAGAUCGACCCCAAGUUGAUUGAGGAUGUCGCCGUCGGAACUGUCCUCGCUCCCGGUGGUGGUUCCACUCAGGCACGUAUGGGCUCGCUUUGGGCCGGCAUUCCUAACACUGCCGGUUGCAACAGUUUGAACCGUCAGUGCUCGUCUGGUCUUGCAGCCGUCAACCAGAUUGCCAACCAGAUCGCCCUAGGCCAGAUCGAUAUCGGCAUUGGCUCUGGUGUCGAGUCGAUGACGCUCAACUACGGCGCUGGUGUCAUGCCCUCCAAGAUGUCGGACGCCGUCAUGGAGAACGAGGAAGCCGCCGACUGCUUGAUGCCCAUGGGUAUCACUUCGGAGAAUGUCGCCAAGAAGUACAACAUUGACCGAACCAAGCAAGACACUUUCGCUGCCGAGUCCUUCGCUCGCGCCGCAGCUGCGCAAAAGGCCGGCAAAUUCAAGAGCGAAAUUGUCACAGUCAAGUACACGGACGACGAUGGCAACGAGCGAACCGUCGAUGCUGACGAUGGCAUCCGCGAGGGUGUCACUGUUGAGUCGCUCGCCAAGCUUAAGCCCGCCUUCGCCAAGGACGGCUUCACCCACGCUGGUAACGCUUCGCAAGUCAGUGACGGAGCUGCCUCGGUCUUGCUCGCUCGUCGCAGCGCCGCCAAGAAGCACGGUCUGCCCAUCCUCGGCAAGUUCGUCACCUGUGCCGUUGUCGGUGUUCCCCCCAACAUUAUGGGCGUUGGUCCCGCGUACGCCAUCCCUCGCCUCUUUGAGCUGACAGGUCUCACCAAAGAUGACAUUGACAUCUAUGAGAUCAACGAGGCAUUUGCCUCGCAGGCGCUCUUUUCGAUUGAGCACAUUGGAAUCGACAAGAAGAAGGUCAACCCUGUCGGAGGUGCUAUCGCUAUGGGCCACCCUCUCGGUGCCACCGGUGCGCGACAAAUUGCCACCGGUCUUGCCGAGGCCAAGCGCCAGGGAGGCAAGAAGCUCAUUGUCACCUCUAUGUGCGUCGGUACCGGUAUGGGUUGUGCCGCUCUCAUCGUGUCGGCUUGA